AUGAAACAAUUGGAGCAGCAGUAUUGCUACUCAGACCCUCUCCCAGUUGAUAUACUCAUCGAUAUAUUCUCUCGAGUCCCGGGAGAAUCUAUAGCUAGGUUUCGUCGCGUAUCCAAGUAUUGGGAAUACAUACUCCGUCGUCCUGAUUUCACAGAGUUGUUUCUGACCAAGUCUUCCACUCGCCCAAGACUCUUUUUCUCCUCAGAAGAAGAUGGCGAACUAUUAUUCUACUCUUCGGCUCAGCCGACCAUUCAAGAUGACAAGUCUACUCUAGUAGCCACACGUUAUAAUCAUACGUCAUUCCCCAACUACUUUCCAUCUAAUCAUGUUACCCCGGUCUGUGGAUUGGCCCUUCUUCAUGAAAUCCCUAAAAGAAAGGGGGUGGUGGUGAUUUGUAACCCUAUCACGCGAGAGUUCCUAACCUUACCAAACCUGCGUCUGAAAAACCCCAACAAGGUUGCAGGGUUCUAUCUUGGAUAUGAUCCGAUCAGCAAACAGUUCAAAGUGUUGUGUAUGACCUCGUCACCUUGUGAAAGACCCAAUACUCAUCGUGUCUUGACACUGGAGUCUGGAAAACGUUUGUGGAGAAGGAUCGAAUGCAAAUUCCAUUUUCCACAGACUAGGAGAUUAAUAGGUGAUUAA